UCCACUUCCGAAGCCAUAGUUAUGUUCUCUUCUUUUUUCCAGCACUUUCAGCCGCUAAUUAUCUUUCUCUCUCUUCCAUCUGGAUUCUGCAAGUAAAGCAAACAGCUGCUAUAAAUGGGACAUAGUGUAAACAUUCUCGUCAAGAAGAGACAAACAUUUGAAACCAUAGUCUCUGUUGUUUUUUUAGUCCAAGGAACUUUUACCACAAGAGAGAUGGCCAAUGAGGAAACUCCAGCAGUCCCUUCAACACCUGCAACUCCAGGGACUCCUGGUGCUUCACUGUUUGGUGGGAAUGGAAUAGGUAAAAAAUCCAUUGUCAUGAGCAAGUGUUUCAGUGCUGAGGAAUGGACCUUGGAAGAAGGAGGCUUACCCAAAGUCUCUUGCUCAUUGCCUCCCCCUCCUGUUCCCCCUCCUGUUCCUCUAGGAAGAAAGGUAGGAGCUGAGUUUGUAGGAACUUUGAUUCUCAUGUUUGCUGGUAUUUCCACUGCUAUUGUUAACCAAAGGACACCAGGUUCUGAGACUCUGAUUGGGUGUGCUGCCUCUACCGGUAUUGCUGCUAUGGUCGUCAUCCUUGCCACCGGUCACAUCUCCGGUGCUCAUCUCAAUCCUGCAGUCACCAUUUCCUUUGCUGCUUUAAAGCACUUCCCAUGGAAACAUGUUCCUCUGUAUAUUGGCGCACAAGCUGUGGCGUCCAUAUGCGCAGCAUUUGCAGUAAAGGGGAUAUUCCACCCCGUCAUGAGUGGAGGAGUCACAGUACCUUCAGGAGGAUUUGCUCAAGCUUUUGCUUUAGAGUUCAUUAUCAGCUUUAAUCUCAUGUUUGUUGUCACAGCAGUGGCCACCGACACAAGAGCUGUGGGGGAGCUUGCUGGGAUUGCAGUGGGAGCGACUGUCAUGCUUAACAUACUUAUAGCCGGGCCAGCAACAGGAGGAUCAAUGAACCCAGCGAGAACACUAGGUCCAGCUAUUGCUGCAAGUAACUACAAAGACAUAUGGGUCUACCUCAUUGCUCCUAUACUGGGAGCCCUUAGUGGGGCAGGAAUCUACACUGCAGUCAAGCUUCCAGAAACAGACGGUGAAACACAAGGAAAAGCUUCAACACCCCGAAGCUUCAGAAAGUGAUUAAUCUGCAUGGUCACAAGCUUGCGUUUUACAUGCUUAUUAGACACCCAGCCACAAGAUGUUUGUGGUUCAUAAUAUAAAAUUUGUGUAAAGCAAGCAAAAAAUAUAUACUGCUUGGUACAUCCACUUAUUACAUAUGCAAUAUAUAUUCAAGUCAAUAUGCAUUAGUUGAUA